AUUUUUUGCUGAAGUUUAAUAAAAUAUACAAUAUUCAAAUUUUGGAAAUAAUUUUCAGAAUUUUUUAGGAUUGCCAUGUAUUCUUUAUUUAACCUGCGCCGUAGUUUUUUCCCAUUAAAAAAUGAGUCACUUUGCGGGCAAAAAACCGGUUUCGCGCGUCGCCUCGACAAAAAGCACCGACGGAUGGAUUAUUUUGGUCGGUGAUUUUGGCGGAGCGACAGCGCGGCAUUGGCGAGAGAGACAGAUUUGCGAGCUGCUUGGUCAGUCGAGUGCGCGUCCGAGCGACGAGCCAGCCUCGGACCGCAAGUCCGCUAUAUUUCUCCAUUGUGUCUUUUGUGUUUUGUUUCGCUUCCUUUCCUUUGUAUGCGCGCCUAGUGUGUAAGAGAAAAGGCCCAAACAUGAAUCUCAUGUUCCGCAAAAACUUCCGUGCAGAGACCAAGGAGCGGUCGUUCGGCGGCGGCGGCGGCAAGAGCUCCGGCGGCCGCCUCCGCACCAGGGGCGCCUCGCGCUCCGACUCGAACACCGCCGCCUACACCCCGAUGGACGACCAGCCCUACAGAAACCUGAUGCUGGACAAGAUCACGGGCGGCCACCUGAUGGACACGAUUCGCGAGAACGGCCCGUCGGGGUCGUCGCCGGCCAAGAAAAUGCAGGGGCGAACGUCGGUGGCCACCACACCCACUCAAACCGGACCAAUAAGCCUGAAGACUUUGGACAGAGACUGCUUCAUCAUCCCAAUCACCAGCCUCGACAGAUUUUUACCCGCUGGUGUCACGCUGCCGACCGCCGAGAAGAGGCCGAGCAGUCUCAGCGUCCUCGAAGUGGACGACCCGAAAUUGUGCGUCCUGCUGCACCUGAUGACGCCGAUGACCUCGAUAGAGCCAGAAUUAGAGUCGCCGCUCGCGCGACCGUUGGUGCAGCAAAAAAGCGUCGCCGCAGAGAUUUUGGGCGAGGUCGGAUCGGCCAAGUCGGCCACCGAGGGCAUGCUUUUGUCCAACAUGGAGCACAAUGCCGAGAUUCCAUUCAUUUCCUACUAUGUGAUAAACACGAAGAAAACUGACCCGGAAGAGUUUUACCGAGGCCUUCGCGUCAACUCGCUGCGGAAGUUUGACCCGUCGACGAUGCGCUACACAGCGUCGCACACGAUGGACCUGUUCAACGAAGUGGCCACGAUCGCGCGGCCGCCGCUGCACGAGCCGGGCACCAAGCCAGACCGACCGCAGUCCACCGGCUACAUCAUUUGCAUCUACAAGGUGUUUGACGGCGACGACGGCGAGAAGUUUGAGAAGAACUGGCUCUACUGGACAGGUGCUCGAAUGCUGUACCGCUACCUGCCACGCUCGGCCGGCCUGCGUCGGAUAACGCUGCACAAGUCGGUGUCGCGCGGCGACAAAAUGUACCUGCUGCUGUGCGAGUGCUCACACUUCCUCAACGACCUGUCCGCGGCAGCCCUUCUCAUUCCAGCCCUGCGUGCCCGCCUCUGCGGCUACACCGGCCUCUACCGCAUGGCCGCUUCCUUCUGAGCAGUCGUCAACCGAAAUUAUUACCGCAACGCAAACACACAUUAUUCAUUCAUUUUUAUUUAGGGAUCUUGUAAAAGAAUUGCGAUAAUAUCACAAAGUUGUAUGUAUUUAUCACAUUGAUAAAAAAAAAUUUAACCGAUUUUAAAUCUUAGCAGAAUAUGCGAUAGUUUUCGAUUCAAAUUAGGCUCGCUCAAAUUAAGCGCACCUUUCUCAGAACAUUUUAGGGAGAGUGCAAAUAAUUCACUUUUAUCGCACUUUGGCAGUUCCUUCAACGUUUUUUUUUUGCUCCACAAAGCAUUGAAAGAAGUCUGAGUUAUGUACGUGUUUAAUGUCGUUUUCAGUUUCAUGUUCCUGAAUCUUGAUAUUUUUCUAUUUCCCCGCAUCCGACCCGCAAUCCGCCAAUUCGGAAUUUCCUUCCAAGGCGAUCGCACCUAUUUUCCAUUAAAAACGAUUUUUUUUCCUUUCGACCAUUCUACAGUACACUCGUUGAAAUUAGAUCAAAACUCACCAAUGCAUAAUUUACUUCUGUUAUUUAAUUUAAAAAAAUCAAUUCCUCUAAGAGUCACUGGUUUCUCAAAAAUAAAUGGAUGAUACACGAAUAUAAAAGUAAAAAUAUCUUGAAAAUUUCAAUCUGGAGAUCGAAAAAUUUGAUUUUUUGUUUAAAUUGAAAAUUUAUAGACAACUUUCUUAAGAAUUACGGGGUUAGCUUUAUAAUUUAGCGGCUAUGAGUGCUAGAAAACACAUCUUGAAAAAUUCGGAGAGCUGAUAAAAUUUGCAACUUAUUUAUCAUUUGCUGGAAAAAUUGUUUUCCCCGAUUUCCCUGAGAUGACGUAUUAAAUACUGACUCGUAUUCAUCAGCUACUUAUAUGCAAGCAACAAAAAAAAAAUAAGUAGCCAAAAUUAGGCUCGAUUUUAUGCUAAUCAUAUUAGAAAAAAAACGCGAUUUUCAAAGAACACCUUUUCCUUUCAAAAUUGUUGGGAAUUCCCGAACUUAAAACUUGAAGAAUAAAAUCGCAGAACAUUACAUUUUUCUCAGCAGAUUCUGAAAAUGAAAAUUUUAUUGAAAUUUUUGAAUACUUUCAACAAAUUGCCCAAAUUGCAACUUUAAGUUUCUUAAUUAUUUUAACCUUUCGUCAAACGGUAGAAAAAAAGAUUUUUCAGAUUAAAAAGGUGCAUUCCCCUUGUUAGUGCUUUCCAAAUGGUGAAUCUUUCUCAAUCCAAAUACCUAUUGAAAAAAAUAUGAAGUGAUUUUUUAUCUCACCAAUUAAACACACAGGGAAGAAAAAAAUUCUCUUUGAACAUUUCUACUCUUUAGAUAAGUGCUGUGCAGUUUUAUGGCAAUAUAGAUAUAUUAUAUCAAUCGAAUAAAUAAUUGAAAUGCUUUAAAGUUAGUGGUGCUACAAAUUAGCAGAGUGAAGAAGACUUUGGCGUCGUGAUCGAGCAAACCACUGAGAUGUGACGAAAAAACAUUUUUUACUGACAACUCGUUUACCUUAAAAACCGACAAGAAAAGAGCACUGAAUAAAGAAUCAAAUUUUGAAAGCGA